AUGGCAAGUGAAGUGCAAGUCCAGCUCUCCGCACUGAAAGGGGGGCAUCCUCCUGCAGUAAAAGCUGGAGGAAAGCGAAUUUCCAAAAAACAAGAAAUUGGCGUCUUGGAGAGACAAACCAAGAAAACGGGAUUAGAGAAAACAAGUGCCAUUGCAAAUGCUGCCAAAAUACAGACGAUGGAUGCCCUGAACGAUACACUGGAGAAGCUCAGCCAUAAAUUUCCAGCAAUAAUGCACAUGGCACAUCAAAAACCCAGACCUGCUCUGGAGAAGGUCACUCCACUGAAAAGGAUCUACAUUAUUCAGCAGCCUCGAAAAUGUUAAGCUGGGAUGUAAAACACAGCCGUCUAGCCAACUGCCUCUAAAAUCUGAGAGCUUAGCAAAAAGGACCAACUUUCCACACAC